AUGAAGACACCUUCGUCACUCAACGUCGUGCUGUGCUCGCCCGGAACCAAACUGUUCGGGCCUUCUCAGGUAAGUUGGAUCCUCUCACAGCAGCCUCUCGAACAGCUUCGACUCGUCAGAGAAGUGAUGGGCCGGUGCUCUCAGGCGGUAGUCCUUCCCGGCUUCGGUAUUGGAUCACCUUGCCCUCUUUCCAGGUCUUCGGAAGUGGAGGGUCGAGGAUUCCCUAGAGGCCCCACCACAUCCCCUUCGCAGAUGGCGCACCCUGUGUGUCCAUCCGGUCCUGAGGCCUUCUUCAGCGCAGUCGUCGGACGUCUUCCGCACUACAUGCGAAAAAGAUCCCGUUCUCAGGUGGAUCGGGCUCACACCGGCCUACAGCGCUCUCUACCUCAGCCACACGCGCAGGGAUGUCGCGGUUUCGGCGAGAAUUGGCGCUGGAGGUGUUCGGCAAAUUUCGGCCCAUCGGUGUCAUUGUAG